UGUAAACAAACCAUGAAUGUGGUUUUUUGCUUAAAUUACAUAUGACUGCUAAAAUUUGUUUCCUAUUUUAUUCAAGUUCUACUUUACAAUUUAAAAAUAGAAUGUGCAGCUGAUUUCUGGAAAACAUGACACUUUUGAAAAGACUUCCAAAACAAAUUUUUUAUAGUUCUAAAAGGUUAUCUUCUAACAAAACCUCGAAUUCCAAAUGGGAGACAGUAGUUGGAUUAGAGAUUCAUGCACAAAUUAAUGCAAAAUCAAAGUUGUUCUCUAGUGCUGGUACAAAUUUUGGUGCUCCAACAAACACCGAAGUUUCCUAUUUUGAUGCAGCUAUUCCUGGAACUUUGCCUGUGCUGAACAAAUAUUGUGUGGAAGCUGGAAUUUUGACUGCACUUGCAUUAAAUUGCACUGUGAAUAAAAGAUCCACAUUUGACAGGAAGCACUACUUUUAUCCAGAUUUACCAGCUGGCUAUCAAAUAACCCAACAGUUUAAUCCUCUUGCAAAUAAUGGAUACAUUACUUUUGUAGUGUGUAGUAAAUCACAGGGUGAUGAGCCUUAUGAAUGUAGAUGUAAUUUGAAACAAAUUCAACUAGAGCAAGACAGUGGGCGGAGUUUUCACGUAGCCGACAAAAAAAGCUUUGUUGAUCUAAAUAGAGUUGGUAUUGGACUUAUGGAACUUGUUUUUGAACCUGAUUUGAGGAAUGGAAUUGAAGCUUCCUCUUUGGUAAAAGAGCUAAUGCUUAUACUAAGGAAAAUAAACACCUGUUCUUGUGAAAUGGAAGAGGGAGCAUUACGGGUUGAUGCCAAUAUUUCAGUAAACCAAGUUGGAGAAUCGCUUGGUGUCAGAACUGAAGUUAAAAACAUCAAUAGUUUACGCUUCAUUGCACAAGCAAUAGAUUUUGAAAUAAGCAGGCAGAUAAAUAUCCUAGAAAAAGGAGGCAUAGUUUCAAAUGAAACAAGAGCUUUUGACUACCACUCAAAAGAAACUGUGUAUAUGAGAGACAAAGAAGCACUUCAGGAUUAUCGCUUUAUGCCUGAACCAAAUCUCCCUCCUAUACGACUAAGUGAUGAUGUUGAUGCAACUGAUGAUUAUUGUAUAUCAGUUAAUAAAUUGCGUGAAAAGCUUCCAAAGCUUCCAUCUGUUGAGCGAGCAGAACUGAUGAGCAAAUAUAAGGUGCCAUAUAAUAUUGCUGACAUAUUUGUGAGCACUGAUGGUUUAAGAUCUAUGUUUGAAACAAUUGCCUGUACUGUCCCUGAUGUUAUGUAUAUCAGUAAUUUUCUAUUGAAUAAUGUUCAGCAUCAGUUGAACAUCAGGAAACUCACAUUUAAAAAUUGCCACGUUAGUGGGAAGCAGAUUGCAGGUAUUGUAGAGCUUGCUACACAAAGCAUUAUAUCUGAUGCAACUGCUUCUGAUGUUUUGGACAUGUUAUUUAAUGGUGACCAAAGAUCUGCAGCAGAAAUUGUUGAAAAAUACAACUGGUACCUAAUUAGUGACAAAGAAGAAUUAGAGAAAUUCUGCAAAGAAAUAAUGCUUGCCCGCCCAAAAAUGGUAAAGAAGUAUCGAAAUACAAGAAAGAAAAGGUACAUGACAUCUUUAUUACAAGGACUGAAUGAAAAAGUACACAACAGAGCAUCCAUUAGGCAUGCUGAAGCAGUAUUUAUAGAACUUAUUUUUUGUGAUGAUUCUUUGGAGAAAAAGGACUCUUGACAACUCUGUUGAGAGGAAUGUAAAUAGUAAAUAAAUAAAUUUUUAUCUUUAA